AUGUCUGUUCAUAUCUAUCUAUCUAUCUAUCUAUCUAUCUAUCUAUCUAUCUAUCUAUCUAAUUCUGUUAAUAUCUAUUUUUCAAAGUUAUUUUCUCCCAAAGUACAUACGUUAUCUUCCUUUGCAACCGUCUAUGUCUGUUCCUAUCUAUCUAUCUAUCUAUCUAUCUAUCUAUCUAUCUAUCUAUCUAUCUAUCUAUCUAUCUAUCUAAUUCUGUUAAUAUCUUUUUUUCAAAGUUAUUUUCUCUCAAAGUGCACCCGUUAUCUUCCUUUACAACCGUCUAUGUCUGUUCCUAUCUAUCUAUCUAUCUAUCUAUCUAUCUAUCUAUCUAUCUAUCUAUCUAUCUAUCUAUCUAAUUCUGUUAAUAUCUUUUUUUCAAAGUUGUUUUCUCUCAAAGUGCACCCGUUAUCUUCCUUUACAACCGUCUCGCAUUCACACACGAUUAGACUCCUGGUCGAGUUUUAA